GUGGAAGACAUCUGCAUUUCCUUCAGUACGCGCUUUUUGCAGCCUGCGCACCCUAAUACUUCGCUUCGGUAGAGGGUUAGGAGCCGGCAAAAGGUUCGGGAAUUCGACCACUUCUGAUGGUGACUGAUGCUCCGAUUGGAAAUGCCCAGUUGGAGUGGGAGGCGGCCUCAAAAUGCGUAGAGCCUCAUAUACCUGUGUCAGGGAUAUUGGCCUUCGCAGGUGCGCCUCCAGAAUCUUCCAGCAAGCAUCAUGCAUUAACAACACCUGCAAGGCAGUGCUUCCGAGUCUGAGUACCACGUUAUUCCGAGAUAUAGGAUCCUCCAGGGGUUCUUGGGAUUGGACUGUCAGAUUAACGUAAUAGGCGCCGACUGAGUAAUUUCGAUGGUCGCAAUGUCAGAGAGCCAGACACUUUUCCCAGCCUUAUACACUGUAUAGCCAUCAGUUGCGAUCUAAGGUAUACCAUGUAAGAGACAAUGAGAAUCUUCUCGGUCCCUUAAACCCUGCUUAUUGGAGGUCAUACCAGCUCGAAAUGUGUCGAACCAAAAGCCCCGUCUCCUCGAGUCAAUGGG